CAAACCAAUCCUCCACUUCAAGCACUCUGUUUGGAGGUAAUAUCGAGCUACAAAGACGAUAAAUACUACAGCUAAAGAGACUUUAGUUACUCGUAAAUCGAUAAACGCAUUUCCGACACGCACAGUAAGAUGUCAUCGAAGGCAUCUCUCAGCGCUGCGGCAGAUGACCGCAAAGCACGCCUGGCCAAGCUCAAAAACUUGAAGCGCAAGCAACCCGACGACGAAGUGGUCGCGCCAGAAUCGACUCGAUCACCAUCACCCCCCACAGAACCCGACGUCGCCAAACUGCACUUGUCAGGCCGCAACUAUGACGUCGAAUCCAAGGGUCCCAAGCUGGGAUUCGAGGCGCCGCCGACGCUGAACAUGGAGGGUCCAACACUAGAAGAACAGGCAGCAGAAGUGGAGGCGGAAGUGCGGCGGAAGGCAGCAGAGGAGGCGGCUGAGGGGAACAACGGCAUCGACCUGUUCAAGUUGCAGCCAAAGAAGCCAAAUUGGGACUUGAAGCGAGAUCUGGAGAAGAAGCUGGAGGUGCUGAAUGUGAGGACGGAUAAUGCUAUUGCGAGGCUUGUCAGGGAACGGAUUGCAAAUGCGAAGACAGCACAACAUAAGACUGUGGAGACUGCUGAUGGCGAGGCAGAGGCUGUGGGUAUGGAUGGUAUUGCGUUGGUGGAGGGUCUGAGAGUACGGGAACGGGAAGAGGUGGAGGAAGAGAGAAGAGAACAUGAGGAUGAAGAUCUGCCAUAGGUGACUUAUACGGUUGAGGGGAUCUCAUCGAAAUUACACGGUGUUUGGAUACCGGUGUAGGGAGUUGGUCACAUUAGGGCUGUCAAGACUGGAGGUCAGAGUUGAGUUGAAUGCAUACGGUAUCGUUCUGUGACGUGUGAAAAUACGGCCUGACAAACCCCGUAAUGAUACGGUACCUCAGUACAGGGUGGAUGCAAAUAGUUGCUGAGGAGAUGCUCAUUCGCAUGUUCUCCAUCCCCACUGUACACUCAUGAAAAGGCAAAACACGCGAGGCAUCCAAAUACUACAGACUAUUGUCCCUACAAAGUUUACUCUAACUAGCAGCACUACCACGAAGCGUCCGACUUUAAUAUACGCACCUAGCAUAAAUUAGAUAUGGUAAUAAUAAUACCCCUCCUAG